AUGUUUUCCAUUGGUUUACGACCAGAUCGACGUCGCCCAAGUCAAUUAAGAUUAAAUGAUUUUAUGCCAACACAAUUACCUGACGGAUCAUCGAAUCUACGAAAACUUCCAUCGACUUUCGAUCUAGAUACAACAUCCAUUGCUCCACCUAAUGAAAAAACAAAUGAAAAUGAAUCAAUACUUAUUCAGCAAAACAAUACAACAAAGACGCGUUGUUAUCUCGAACGAAAUCAGAUUUUAAAGUGGUAUGAUAGUUAUUCAAGCACUACAAAAUCAAUGAUUAGUGAUCCAGCGAAUAGAGCAUAUAUUUUAGCAACAGUACCCAUCUACGACGAAUGUCUACGAGAUAAUUAUGAAUUACAAGUCUGGCAAUCAUAUUUUAAAUUGGGUAUCGAGCAAAAGCAUUGGGCAAAAGAGGUCACUCAACGAACAAAAACAUGUUAUGAUGUUGUCAAUUGUCAGUUCAUACGAAAGAAAAUAAAUCAAUUAGUUGAUAAUAUUGUACAAGCAGAUGCUACUAUUUUCGAUGUUCAAGUUCAAUUGAUUCGCUAUUGGUCACAUCGAAACUCUGAAAAUCAUCAAACUAUCGAAAGCAUAGAAAAAAAAAUAUUGGAAUAUAUUUCACAAUGUACUCCAUAUGUCAAAAAGAUGUUUCAAGGUCGUAUUGAAUUAGCCAAAGUUGAAAUAGAAGAAUACAAGGCUUUGACAGAUUUCAAUCAAAUUGCUACUCCAGCACAAUUUAAUUUUCAUUUUGUAUUAGAAUCCAAAGUUAAGCAAUGUUCAAUGAAAAAUAAAAGUUUUGUUAUGGUAACCAAACGUGCUGAAUAUGAUCUUUUGCCAAAAUUUAUUGAAAAAAUGGAAUUCUCUUUUAAAAUUGAUGAAUCCGUGAUGAGUCAAGAGGACGUACAAGUGAUGUACGAUCAAGUGCGUAAAAUUACAAAAGAUUAUCGUACUCAAAUGAUGGCAUUAUAUGUACGAUCAUUAGCUCGAGCAUAUGAAUUACUAUCGAGUGAAAUAAAACGAACGGUUGAGCUGUUUCCACAAGACAAGGAUCAAGGAUUUGGUGCUACAGCUGGUCAUGUAGCAUUUAAACAUUAUCAUGAAUUACGUGAAAAACGGUUAAACUUAGAAGUUGAACAAUCACUUUAUUUCUUAGAAGAGAUACAACCAAUGAAGAUAAACUCAAUAACAUCUUGA